AUAUUCACGAACUUGACAAUUAUAAUCUUCGUCUAGUGCGAUUGCAAGAGAUUCUUCUUCUGAAGUUUCGGGAUAUGAUCAAAAAGUUGUGAUUUGGCUGAUUCAUUACAAAGACCGGUACCAGUCAGGACAAGAACUCAUUAAAUUGACAUAGCAGCUACUUGGGUUGGCAUUGAUUGGUAUACAGACGACACAGGAGAUCAAAUAUCACACAAUCUAAUCGUAUGCAUGACGAUACAAUUUAUUACAUUGGAAUCCACUCUGAGAUGACUAGAAGUUCAACAGUAAGUCUGAGUUGUUAUCAUUGGGGUUUGGAAGCAGUUUCGAUCAGAUGUUCAAGUAUUAAUGAGCUAGCCGUUCCAUCAAGCCGAGGCAUUACAUAUCCCAUUUGCAGAAAAUCACCAAGCCUUCGACUUGCACAAAUUGCUUUACAAGCUCAACAAACGAUCAUCGCCGUGAUGUUUCCACAAUAUUAUCAAGUGCCGAUCUUUUCUUGUCGGAUGUGGUAAUUUGCGGAGGCUGUUUUAGGUAAUGGUUCAUCAAUCAAUGCCUACAGACAAAGACGAGAAUACUAUUAUAGCUGUCAUUAACACUCGACCCUACGAAUAGUUGCUCUCUCGAAGAAGUGAUACUCAAAGCUCAGGUUGCUGGCUGUUAAUAGCAACGUCAUGGACUUUGUGAUGACUUUAAGUUGCAAAGGGAUACGAUAUUCGUGUGUUUACGACUGUGAUCCCAUUCAAUAUGUCGAAGGUAUUGUUAAACCUUCAAAGAAAAUUUUGAUAGUUUACAGAGUGACAUGUUGUCGCGUUUUGGGCCUAAUUCCGGAUAUGAUCUCAUCCUAGGUAUGGCUAGCCAG